UGUUUCUCCCUUUUUAAUGUCUUAAAGAACCUAAAUUUGUUAGUGCCUAUAUGGUUCCGGACAACGAAGACCAGGAGGAUAACAAGGUGUACUAUUUCUUUACCGAAAAAGCUGUCGAAGUAGAGACAGGAGCCCAUGCCAUCUACUCUCGAGUAGGAAGAGUCUGCGCAAAUGACAUGGGUGGACAGCGGAUGCUGGUGAAUAAGUGGACCACUUUUCUCAAAACCCGGUUGGUCUGCUCCGUGCCAGGAACCAAUGGCAUUGAUACCUACUUUGAUGAGCUAGAGGAUGUCUUUUUACUCCACACUCGGGAUAGCAAAAACCCAGUGAUCUUUGGACUCUUCAGUACUACAAGCAACAUAUUCCGAGGAUAUGCUAUAUGUGUCUAUCACAUGGCCAGUUUCCGUGCAGCUUUCAAUGGACCGUAUGCACAUAAAGAAGGACCUGAAUACUACUGGUCUGUAUAUGAAGGAAAAGUGCCAUACCCAAGGCCUGGAUCAUGUGCCAGCAAAGUGAACGGAGGUCUAUAUGGAAGUACCAAAGACUAUCCUGAUGAAGCAAUUCAUUUUGCUCGAAGUCAUCCCCUGAUGCAUCAGCCUCUUAAGCCUGUUCAUAAGAGACCAGUCCUUGUGAAGACGGAUGGGAGAUACAGUCUCAAACAAAUAGCGGUAGAUAGAGUGGAAGCAGAAGAUGGACAAUACGAUGUCUUAUUUAUUGGGACAGAUAAUGGGAUUGUUCUGAAAGUCAUUACAAUUUACAACCCAGACACAGAAUCAAUGGAAGAAGUGAUUCUCGAAGAGCUGCAAGUGUUCAAAGUGCCAGUUCCUAUUAUCUCAAUUGAAAUUUCUUCAAAAAGGCAACAAAUUUACGUUGGUUCUGAGUCGGCCGUGGCCCAGCUGAAGUUCCAUCAAUGUGACAUGUAUGGGACAGCCUGUGCUGAUUGCUGCCUGGCAAGAGAUCCUUACUGUGCUUGGGAUGGGAUUACUUGUUCCAGAUACUACCCCACAGGGACACAGGCGAAGAGACGUUUCCGCAGACAAGAUGUACGACAUGGAAAUGCAGCUCAGCAGUGCAUUGGCCAGCAAUAUAUCGGAGAAACUCUGGAUCGGACUGAAGAGCGAGUAGUGUACGGCAUUCAACACAACAGCACUCUCCUGGAAUGCACUCCCAGGAGCUUGCAAGCCAAGGUGAUCUGGUUUGUGCAGAGAUCACAUGAAGCUAGAAGAGAAGAGGUGAAGAUUGAUGAUCGGCUAUUCAAGGUGGACCUAGGCCUCUUGUUCUUAAGACUGCACAAGACAGAUGCGGGGAUAUACUUUUGCCAGACAGUGGAACACAGCAUUGUCCAUACAGUAAGAAAGAUCACACUUGAAGUUGUGGAAGAAGACCGUGUAGAUGACUUGUUCAACAAAGACUAUGAGGAGAAUGUUUCCCAAAAGAUGCCCUGCCCCGUGCAGAGCAGCAUCUCCCAGGCCUCUAGGCCAUGGUACAAGGAAUUUUUGCAGCUCAUAGGUUACGGCAACUUCCAGAGAGUAGAGGAGUAUUGUGAAAAAGUGUGGUGUACAGAUAAGAAGAGGAGACGGCUGAAGAUGUCUCCAUCCAAGUGGAAGUAUGCUAACCCACAAGAGAAGAAGGCCCGGAACAAGGCUGAGCAUUAUCGUGUCCCCAGGCAUACUGCUGCCUCCUGAUGGAGAAGAUGUUUAUUCAUUCAAGAUGAUUCUUUUUUUUCUCUUUCCUUUUUUCUUUUUGGACCCAAGGAAAGGGGAUGGAACUCAGUCUUGUAUUUGAUAAUAUAAAAUGUUGAGACUGGAAAUGGGGGGGAUAGAGUGUUUUAGUAAGUUAUACACCUGGUGUUUGCUUAGGUGCAUUUUUUUUUAAAAAAAUCUGCAUAAUGCUUACUCUUAUAUGUCCUGAGGUCUGCUUUCAUUUAAGGGAAGCCUUUCCGCCUUCAUGUUUCCCACAUUCGGUCCAGCCAGGAACAGGUGUUUUGUACAUUUGAGUCUGUUGUGAGGAUAUGUUAGUGAAUACAAAUGCCGAACCACUGGCCAUCAGAGCAACUCCAUAAUGUAUAACUUCUUGUGUCUUUCACGUUCUGUUGUUUGUUUGUUUUUCAUAUGACAUGUCCUAUGUGGACUUUUGGAAUUCACACAGAAAAUCAGAGGGCUCGUAGCAAAAACGAUGACAGAUCACCAAUCCAGGUUAAAAGUAAAGAGAAAGCAAAAACCUAUGGAAUGUGAUGAAUGUGACUCAUCAAAAGUUAAUCAUGAUUACCUCUCACUGCAAGACCGCAGAAUGAGUUCUGAGUAACCCUAAAGCCCCUCUGAUUGGGCACGUGUGUUUCACAAUUCAUUUCUGCUGGCCUGUGCCCAAAAUAUUUAAUGUUCCUAAGACAAUGCAACAAGAAUUGUUGAAGCUGUGCAGGGGUGUACCAGGGGGAAAUGCCGCCCGGGGGCAACACCUGGCCAAGCGCAGCCUGAUGGUGCCGGCACAAUCCCCUGGCAGGGGAGGGGCCUCCUGACUGCGUGGCUGGGCCCAGCCUCAGGCGCCGGCCAUAGUCAGCAUGGCCUGAUGGCGCCAGCAAGAUCCCCCAUGUGGGAGGGGUCUUCCUGGCUGCACAGUUGGGCCUGGGCCUCAGCACAAGGGGAGCGCCUGGGAGCUGCUCAGGUCACAGGAGAGACCAGGCGUGGGGGCUCGGCGCCCCCCCCCCCGGUGACCCAAUAGCAUGUGCCCAGGUACACCACUGAAGCUGUGCAACAGGGUUUUUUUGCUAAGAAUAUUGUAGAGCAAUUCCUCUGUGCCCACCUAAGGUAAUUUGGAAUCUGCCGUUUUUGUAGAAAUGAUAUCCAACUGAAGGAAAUGGGCCAGUUCUUUGCCUCACCCUCCUCUCUCCAUCAUGUGCCACUUCUUCUUGCAGAGGAUUCUCCUGCUAUUGAAUCGCUCUGUUCCGUAUUAAUUUGCCUUCUGUGAGGGCCACAUGUGUCUGUUUAUGUGCAUAGAACAAACUAUUCUUAAGAAAUGUAGAAUAAAUAUAUCCCAGGAUGUGUUUCCUUAAUAUCACAGUAACCAACAAAUUGCCAUCUGUCCUUUAUUACAACCACCCACGCAAUUAAGUGCAGGAAAUUUCUACAUGUUUCUGCCUUUGACUUAGUGUUAGUAUUCAGCCCACCACACCUCUUUAUUACAAGUCAGGUGCACGCAAAUGCACCCUUUUUUCCUCUUAAAAGGUUGAAAUAGGGACUCUAGGAAGCCAUUUGCACAGCAUCUGUAAUAUGGGUGCCCUCUUGUGGCAAAGGAAGCGUAUUUUUCUCUGCUCUAUCCAGUCCUUCAAACUUCAGCACACAACAGGUAGGUCUGCCCAAAGUUACACGGAGUUGUUCACGUUAAUUUUUGUGAGCACUUAAAAUUACCUCCCGUGGGCAAGACUUUUCAAAACUUGUUGCAAAAUCGCACUCCUGUUUGAAUAUGUUCUCAGUGCCACAUUAUUUUUUUGCCUAUGCCAGUGGUUCGCCACCACAGGCCUAUGCCUUCACUGUUCUGGGCUGCAUUUGCCCUGACUAUUGCGUAAUCUGAGACAAUCUGUUGCUCCGAGAUUGUUGUGGCAUUGUUAAUGGUUUUUAUCGGCACGAGUAGACACAAUGUUGUGUUGUUCAACUGCCACAGCAUCCUGUGAGGCAGACCAUUAAUGCUCCCGUUUGAUGGGGGGCUAGAUGGGUGGCAGAGGAUGAGUGUGACUCUUCCAGAAGAACAGAGAUUCAAAUCAGGGUCUCCAGGAUCUCUUUCCAACAUUGGCUCAGAUUUGUUUGGUUGGAGUAGCACUUGAUACAUUUGCUUAAAGAAGCCUUGCUUUGCCAAGUCUAGCACUCAAGUGGUUCUGGUGUUGUUGUACAAAGGACAGUGAAUACUAUAAGGAAGUGCCAUGCUUGCUUCUUCAAGAAGAGACAGUCCUGAGAUCCAAUUACUUCAUGGAACAAGGCCUGCAUGGUGAGUUACCCUAUUAAGAGUUCUAACAAGGUAAUAUGCCUUUCUGUUACUUCAGUAGAAGAGAGGCCAGUGUAAAUGUUAAUUAUUAUUCCUACCUAAAACUAGCUUCUCUUUGUAUUGACUAAUUAAAUGUGACUUGAACUGUCUGAUAUCUCCAA